AUGUACUAUAUCCUCUACCUGACCAGCCUCUGUCGUCGCCGCAACUGGCCCGAACCAAUCUACAAUGCCUAUAUAAGCAACAGCGGAUACACAUGCACUGUACGCGUCAACAAUCGUGAGUACCGAACAGACAGUAUCUGCAGCAAUGAGACGCUGGCCCGGGAGAGCGCCGCUAUGCGUGCCUACCUCAUCUGCCGCAACUUUUCCGUCAACGACGGCAUGUACCCGGCGGGCCAUGAACAUGGCGGAGCCAUGCAGGGGCUGCGUGUUGCCAUUGGUGCAGGACGGAAGAUUGCUCGUGAGGAUGAUGUGCUUUCUUUAGGGUCUGGUGCAUUCAACAAGAUCUACAACGUCAGCAUAGAUAAUGAACCAUUUAUCGUGCGAGUCUCAUUGCCCGUCGAUCCACGUUACAAAUUAACGAGCGAAGUGGCAACAAUGGAUUGGGUGCGCCAUGUCACAAGUCUCCCAAUCCCUAGAAUUAUCGCCUACCAACCAUCCCGAGACAACCCCAUUGGAUUUGAAUGGAUGCUCAUGACCAAAAUGCCUGGAAAACCCUUCGGUGAAAUCUGGAAAUCUCUUUCCUUUGCUAUGAAAGCAUGCCUGAUCAGGGAGCUUGCGGCAAGCUCCGCUUGCCUUUUUCGAAAUCAACUACGCGGAAUCGGAAAUAUCUAUGGGGAGACAUCUGUCGUUGAUAAUUCAACACCGAGCGAGCAAAUUCUGCCCCCCAGAGAGCUGAUAAAUACCAAAAUAUCAGUUCCGGCAAAGGGAUCCGCCCCAAAUGCUGGUAGCUCGCCUACGACAAAGAACUCGGGAGCUCUUCUAUUCAAUCCGCCAGACAACGGUUCUCCAGCAGGGGCUUUGCCUGAUGUAGGCCGGAUUGUUUCUAUGCUAUUUUUCUGGGAUUCACAUAUCCACCAAGAUAUCCCCCGAGGCCCAUUCCGCUCAAGUAAGGACUGGAUCACAGCUCGCCUUUCAUUCAAUGAAAAUGACUGUCAUUCGGCUUUGAAUAAGCACUCAGCCGGAGACCUUGAUAGCGACGCUGAAGACGAAGUGGAUGUUGCUAAGAGGACACUGAAAAUAAUCGAUAACCUCAAAUCCCUUCUUCCGCUGGUCUUCCCCACCGAUGAUGAUGAUGAUUCAGAACCGUCAAUGAUAUUCCAUACCGACCUCUCACGACAUAAUAUCCUCGUCGACGAAAACGGGAAGAUGACCGGCGUCCUAGACUGGGAGUGCGUUUCAGCGGUGCCUUUAUGGAAAGCCUGCUCCUAUCCUUCAUUUUUAGAGGAGCGACCACGACGCUUAGAGCCUAAAACCGAGGAAUAUGCACCCGAAGAUACGGGAGAACCCAGUGAGGUGUACUUUGAGCACCUAUGGCAGUAUGAGGCCACUCUAUUACGCGAUAUAUUCAUAGAUGAGAUGAGAAAACUAGACCCGGGAUGGGUGGAAGUUUUUGAUAAGAGCCAGGUUAAAAGAGACUUUGACUAUGCGGCGGCUUAUUGUGACAGUUGGAUCUCCGCCCGUGAUAUCGAAGCAUGGAUCGGAGACAUCACCACUGAUAUGAACAAUGCGCGCAGCUUGGGCGAUAGGAUCUGGUCAUAG